AUGUUGCCACUUUCUAUUCUCUUUGCUUUCGGAUCCCUUGGAAACGAUGUGAUUUAUUGCCCUGGUGGAAAAGCCAAGGAGAACGCCGACGUUAAGCCGCUACUAGCGUAUAUUGAAAAUAGCCGACUUCUUCUUCUGAAAAACCGACAGAGGAAUGGACCAGAUGGAUAUCCAAUGCCGAUGGCGAAGAGUAUGGGAGAAGUUAGAUGGAGCUGCGAGCUUGAAGAAAAAGCCUAUGAAAUGUUUGAUAAGAGAUGCAGGCAGACUGAGAUUGAUCUGUUUAAUCUGAGUAUUCCUCAUGGAUACAGUGGAGUCUAUUUCCAAUAUCAUCAACCUCAUACUUAUGAACAAGCCGCGCAAAGCUGGACCGGACAGAUUGACAGAGCUCCAAUGAACGACACCGCCUUCCGUAAGGGCGAAGUUCUGUUCAUACCCAACCGUGAUAUACAGGAGUACGCCACACUCAUUCAACAACGCUCUUAUAAAAUCGGAUGUUCACAGCUAACGUGUAGGUUUUGGUUUGGAACAUUCUGCCUCAUCGAUAGACCUCCUAUCGACUCUCAUCAGGUAAAAACAACGUGUACGGAUCCGAGUUAUUCGGCAUUACCCCACGAAACUGAGGUGGUACGAAUUUCAAGUGGCGUAUUCGUAUACGGGAUCGUAAAUUAUGUAGAGGUGCUCCACCCUUGCGCCCCCACCUGCGAUUCGUCUGUUGGGUCCAGCCGAGCCUAG